AUGUCAACCAUUACACAUACAUUCUACCUUUGCUUUGCGGUUCCCAUCUCCGGGCGAAAAGAGCAUCAAUUUAUAUCUGCACUGCAGCGGGCGACAAUUGAGCUUCGGCCUGCUGUCCAACCCGUCAAGGUUCGGGUUUCAACACCGGUCAAUGCAGUUGUAACGCAGGAGACUAUGCGGGCGACAAUUGAGCUUCGGCCUGCUGUCCAACCCGUUAAGGUUCGGGUUUCAACACCGGUCAAUGCAGUUGUAACGCGAGGGCUUGUUUAUGACCAACUUCAUGUUCUGAUUGAUGGUGCACAGGGUAUUUUCAUCUUGAACAUGUUAAUAUUCCUUUUGGAUUCCAACACAUCAAGCGUAUAA